UUAUAAUUAAUAAAUACUUCCUUGUUGGGGAGAACAUUCAUACUGGUAAUUUUAUCUUAAAUUUUGAUCAACAGGAAGUUAACUGUUUGAAAUAGUUGGAUGACACUUGUGUACAUGGUCUAAAGUGUGAAACUAUCUAUAACUUGCGAUAACAAAAUAAUGGCGGGUGCAACUAACCAAUACAAAGACGCAGCCGAUGAAUACAUAUCACUUAGGCAAAUUCCAGUGAAUCAAGACAAAGACGACUGUGUUCCGAUGAGACCACCACGAAGAAGCUUUUCGGACGGUCGUGGAUCUAUAGGUUCGCCCCAUUCAAGAGGUUCAUCUAAUUCCCAACGUUCAUCGUCAAAACACAGUUCAAGCAGUUCGAAUAGUUCAAAUGGCGGAGCUGUUGAAGAUCUUUCGUUCGAAGAGUUGCUGAAAAUCAAAGGGGUGAAAGAAGCGACAAUAAAACUUCUAGAGGAAGAAGAAAUUUCUGAUAUGGUUACUUUGCAAGCUUUAUCAGAAGAUGAUAUUAAUGGACUUGGCCUGAAAACAGGACAAAAAGCGAUUAUCCGAAAUCUAACUACCAAAGCUAAAAGUCGAUCAUCCGAAGCUCGUGAACUACCGCCUCCUAUUAGAGAAAUAAAUGGGUCCGGAGAGGUUGAUCUACAGUGUUACUGUUUGGAGAAAGAUGGGAAAGGAAAAAUAGUUGCAGAGAUAACAACGAAACAUACGAACGAAGUUAAUCCAAUUAAAACUCGUAUUCUGAUAUUGGUUGAUGUAAGCGGCAGCAUGGGAAUCAAAACAGGAAGAAGACGGAGAUACAGCAAGCUAUACAGAAUUAAAGGAUUUGCAAAAAAUAUGGUGACGUCAUUAGAUGAUGGUGAUUUUGCAGGCCUUGUAACGUUUGGGGAAAAUGCAGAUGUAUUAUUGCCCAUGACAGAAAUUACACACGAAAGCAGGGAUCGUCUGAAAUCAAAACUAGACACUUUAGACAAAAGUUUCUUGUCAACCAAGACAAACCUCAGUGCUGGUUUGUCUAAAGCAUUGGAAGUAUUUAGAGAUGCCAGUUCAGGGAAACGUGAUUUGCUUCACUACAGAAAUGCUAUUAUAGUCUUCUCGGAUGGUGAAGUGAAUGCUGGAACCCAGGAACCAAGUAAACUUGUACAUGAAGUCCGAGAAAAGAUUCGGCAACUUUCGUUUGGUCUCGACGAAUCUCUUAACCAAUGGGCUUCUAUUUCUACUGUCGUGUUGGGAAAAUCAGCGUCAGAGAUUAUGUUCUGCUUAUCAAAGUUCUGCAGCAGUGAUGCUUUUUAUACAAUAGACAUGGAUGUUGACAAUUCAAAUACAGAAACUGACCUUUUCCUUCCGGUUCUUAUGAGAAAAGCGGCCGUUGCUUGGAAUGUGUCUGUUUACAUAGAGUCGGUGAAUGGCGCCGUUCUUAUUAAUGAGGAUUGUUCACAGGAUAAUAAAGUACGAACUCACGGGCAAUCCUCCCGCGGUCCAAAAACUGCAAAGGCUUACUUUUAUUACGACAUACCAGCAGCUUCUACAAGGCAUAUUGGUAUCGGUCUUGAUCUGGAGGAAGCUUUUGAAGAGGAAGUUUUGAGAGUUAAGGUGGAAUAUUCUGGAUUUUCUGGAGAGAGGAAAACAAUUACUAAAACAAUAACAAAGAGUGACAUUCUCACAGAAGGUAGAGUACAGGGCGGGAAAGCCAUCACCGAACACUACAAGAAUGAUGCUCGAAUGCUUUCGGAAGAAGUGUUAGGUAAAGCCGCAAAAGCUGCUCUGGAUGGAAAUUCGGGUGGGUCAGCUAAUGCAAUGAGGGAGGGUCAGUCAGAGCUUCAGAAACUGAUGAACACAUAUGGUGAUAUGGCAGACAAACAAGAAACUGCUCAGACAGAAAUAUUUGACUAUGCAAAAUCGUUGAUGAGCAACUUUGAAUCUUUACUUCAAAAAGUAAAUACACCAAUAGACGAUGAUACAGACGAACAAACAGAAGCAGAGAGUAGUUGGUUAAAAAUAAAAGCUGUUUCAUCAGCUAUAUCUAGAGAAGCACCAGGCUUAGCUGAAACAGUUACGGAUAGCAACAUUUUGUGUCCUUUACCGGACGUAAGCAAAGUUUCUUCUACGCCAAUGCGAGCCGAGAUGGAAAAGGUUUACAAAGAAAAGGGAGUUCGAGAGAGUUUGUUUUUUGAUUUUGACGGGGCAAUAGAUGAACUUAAAAAGAGUAUUAAAAAAGAUGAAGACUGAGAAAUGUAACUUUAUCAAACUUUUUCAUCUGCAAAUCAACAAUUUUAACUUGUAUCAGAGUAAUACUAGCAAUAUUUUAACCUUCUAAAAACCAAAAUAUAGUAUAUGUAUAUUUAGCAGUAAAAUCUAUCAAAGCCUAUACGGAAGAAGAAAAUUAAUUCAAAUUGAAACGGUGUCAUAUAAUGUUCCAAUCUAGAAAUUGUUUAACCAACUGCAUGUAUUUUCAACUUUUUCAUGCUUUUUGUUUAUUUUGUUUUUAUUUAUUUUUUUACUUUGUUUUAUUAAGUGUGUGUGUGUAUGUGUGUGUGUGUGUGUGUGUGUGUGUGUGUGUGUGUUUACCAACUUCAAAAAUGGACAAUGAUAAUACCGUUUACCUUUAUUGUGAAGUUAUAAUCAUGAGAUGUUAUUCAAUACAGGUUAAGUAUUUUACCUCACAAAAAUAAUCAUGUAUUAUCAUGAUUAUAGAACAAUUUUAUCUUGUUUACAGUGAUGGUGGUCAUCUUGGUUUUUUGCCGUUUUUCCACACAAAAAGGACAAUGUUAACACUGUUGACAAUUAUUGUAGAUCUUUCUGAAAAAAAAAUUAAUCCAGCUAGGAUUUUUUUAUUCAUUUUUUACAGAUGCAACGAAUGUAUGCCUCAAAUUAUUGGUAUCAAGCUUGACGCGAUCAUGUUAUGUUCAGAAUCGUCGCUCUUUAACUUCAUUUUUUUUUUAAUUUAAGAAUUUUAUCAUAUGUUUCCAAUGAAGAUUCAUGACGGAGGAAAACGUUGUUCGCAGCUGGGACCUAUCUAUCAUUUACUCCAACAAGAUAAUACAAUAAUUUCGCAUUCACAUGGCAUGUUUAUGAGUUAUAGAUAAAAAGUUUUAUGUUGUUUUACCUCUUUUUAGCAGCAACAGGAGGAUAUACAAAGUUUACUUUUACUUACUUCGGAGCAAUGUUAUCCUUAAAUAUAGGUCCGGGAUGUAAACGGAUAAGUACAGUUGAAAAAGCUUCCGAAGAGAAUCUAAGUAAAGGCAAACCAAGCUUUAAAUUAUAAAAUUUAUUAAGUGCAGUUAUCAUUUAUAACCUUAAGCUUCAUUCAUAAAUCGCUGUCGUCAUUUUCAUUUCCUAUUACUACGCGGUUAUUUGAAAAUACAGAUGUAUAUGUGCAUAAAAAGUGGGCGGUAAACUUCAGGCGUUAUGGAAAGGAUGCAAUUGUCCGUCUCUGCUCUCAAAAGUGGCCGCCUCAGUUCAUAUGUGUAUUUUGUAAAUAUUUUUUUAAAAGAAACAAUAUAAUGUUGCAUAUUGCAGCAUAUAUAUUCUUUAUUGCAUUUUUUUGUUUUUGAAUUACAUUUUUGUGUUUUUCGUUGUUUAACUAAAAGCUGUUAGUUUAUUUCAUAUAUAUGUUAUUUUGAAUAAAGUAAUAUAUUUUA